AUGGCUUCCAGACUCUCGGUUUCGUCGCUUCUCCGAUUCUCCCGCCUACCAAACCCAGCGACUAAGAGAUUUGGGCUCACUCCUUUGCAAAUACGCCUACUCUCCGACGAAACCCGAUCCGCCAUCGAUAAAGCCGUAGCUUCGGCGCCCGUGGUCCUGUUUAUGAAAGGCACUCCAGAGACGCCACAAUGCGGGUUUUCAAGGGCUAGCAUUCAAGUUCUAGGUCUACAAGGGCUGGACCCAAAGAAGUUCACAGCAUUCAACGUGCUAGAGGAUCCUGAGCUAAGACAAGGGAUCAAAGAAUAUUCCGACUGGCCAACCAUUCCCCAGCUAUACGUCGAGAAGGAGUUCAUCGGUGGAUGCGAUAUCUUGAUGAGCAUGCAUCAGAAUGGAGAGUUGUCUAAGCUCCUUGAAGAUAAGGGCUUGGUCGUACAGGCCGAGCAGUGA